CUUGUGACGCGCGCAGGGAGGAGGGUCUCUGAAAUUCCUCGGCUCGCUGGAUGUAUAUUUAGAAGAAAAAAUACUCUAAAAAUAACAAGUAAUACACCCGGGGGAGGGGGCUUCACACGGCGGCUAUGAGAGGCCCGGAGGCUGCGGCACAGACACACGGAGACCCCCCCAGGACACGGGCGCAGAGGCGACUCAGAGACCCCCCAGGACACGGGCGCAGAGGCGACUCUUCCCGGAUCAAUCUACACACAUCGGAUAAUAUGUGACCGACGCUCCAAUGGGAGACUGGAACUUGUUGGGGAAACUUCUGGAAAAGGCGCAGGAACAUUCCACGGUGGUGGGCAAAGUCUGGCUGACGGUCCUCUUCAUCUUCCGGAUCUUGGUCUUGGGGACGGCGGCGGAGAAAGUCUGGGGGGACGAGGUGUCCGGCUUCACCUGCGACACCAAGCAGCCCGGUUGUCAGAACGUGUGCUACGACAGGACGUUCCCCAUCUCCCACAUCCGGUUCUGGGUUCUGCAGAUCAUUUUCGUGUCGACGCCGACGCUGAUCUACCUGGGGCACAUCCUGCACCUUGUGCGCUUGGAGGAGAAGCAGAAGCAGAAGGAAAAGGUACGGCAAAGCAAAGGAGACCCUCAGGGCGACAAACAGCUGCUCCUCGAACCGCCCAAAGCCACCAAACCCUCCAUCAAGGAUGAAAUGGGCAAGGUGCGGCUGCGCGGGGCCCUCCUGCGGACUUACGUCUUCAACGUCCUCUUCAAGACUUUGUUUGAGGUGGGCUUCAUCGUGGCGCAGUACUUUCUCUACGGGUUUCAGCUGCAGCCGCUCUACACCUGCAGCCGCUGGCCUUGCCCCAACACCGUGAACUGCUACAUCUCCCGCCCCACGGAAAAGACCAUAUUUAUUUUAUUUAUGUUGACCGUGGCUUGCUUGUCUUUGCUGCUCAACCUGAUUGAAAUUUACUACUUGGGAUUCACCAAAUGCAGGCAGGGCCUGACGGGGUCCCGCCGGGAACUGGUGCCAAAGUUACCGGUCAGGACGGGAACUAUCACCCACACUCAUAUCAUACCUCAUUAUACCCACUACAGUCCUCCGGAGAAAGGGUCCAGCUUCAACAACUCCCUGCCCUUCCCCCUUUCCCCCAGCAAGAACCCAACAUCUGCGAUAGACAGCAGCCAGUCCGCCUGGAUACAGAACCGAGAGAACCAAGCCGUGGAACGCAACGGUAUCGGUGACCUGAAUGUAGCGUCAGAGAGCGGCAGUGACCUAGAAAACCCAGAGCGUCAUAGGCUACCAAGCCGGAACAGCAGGCAGAGCAGUACCAGGUCACGGCCUGGGGCUCUCGCGGUGUGAUGGGGGUGCUGGGGGACAUGGACAGUCACACCAGAUGCUGGCUUGGUGUUCUUGCAGUGUGAUAAGGUGCAGACGACAUGGACAGUAGCACCAAAUCAUGACUUGGGGUCCUUGCAGAGUGAUGGGGUGCUAGAGACAUGGACAUGAGCAGUAUCACUAGAUCCUGGGGUUCCCACAUUGUGAUGAGGUGUUGGGGACAUGGACAGGGGAAGUAGCACCAGAUCCUGGCUUGGGGGUACUUGCCGUGUGAUGUGUUGGGGACAUGGAAAGGGGAAGUAGUACCAGAUCCUGGCUUGGGGGUACUUGCCGUGUGAUGUGUUGGGGACAUGGAAAGGGGAAGUAGCACCAGAUCCUGGCUUGGGGUUCUUGCCGUGUGAUGUGUUGGGGACAUGGAAAGUAGCACCCGACCUUCGCUCAGGGUUCUCGCUGUGGUAUGUGUGGGGACAUGGACAGAUACACCAGAUCCUGGCUUGGGGGUUCUCACUGCGUUUUGAGUUGUUGGGGACAUGGACAGGGGAAGUAGAACCAGAUCAUGUCCUGAGGUUCACGCAGUGUGUUGGGUUUUUGGGGACAUGGACAGUCACACCAGAUCACGGUCUGGGGUUCUUGCGGUGUGAUAAGAUGUUGAGGACAGUAUCACUAGAUCUCAGCCUGGGGUUCCCAGUGUGACGAGGUGCUGGGGAUGGUUGUGUGAUGUGUGGGGGGACAUAGAAAGGCCCAGAUCAUGACUCAGGGUUCUCACAGUGUGUUGGGGUGCUGGGGACAUGGAUAGGGGAAGUAGCACCAGAUCACAGACGUGUGAGGGACAUGGACAGUAGAACCAGAUCACAGUCCAGGGUAUAUGCUGUGUGAUGUGUUGGGGACACAGACAAGAUAAUGGUCCAUGCUGUGUUAGUUAUAUGUUGGGGACAGGAACAGCAGCACCAGAUCAUGGCUCAGGGUUCUCACCGUGUGAUGGGGUGUUGGGGACAUGGACAGAGGAAGUACCACCAGAUCAUGUUCCGGGGUUCUCACCGUGUGAUGGGGUGUUGGGGAUGGGGGAAGAGGCACCAGAUCAUGUUCCGGGGUUCUCGCAGUGUGAUGAGGUGUUGGGGACGGGGGAAGAGGCACCAGAUCAUGUUCCGGGGUUCUCACCGUGUGAUGAGGGGACGGGGGAAGAGGCACCAGAUCAUGUUCCGGGGUUCUCACCGUGUGAUGAGGUGACGGGGGAAGAAGCACCAGAUCACACUUGCUGGGUCCGGGGGAAUUGCGAUCACAGAAAUGUCAUGUGCUGUAUUAUGCCGUUGGGUUCCUGUCUGUAGCCGAAGGUGAGAAGUCUGCGAACGUCGAACCUUCAAAUGUUUCUGAUUUAUAGAGAAAAAUAAAACUGGAUUAAUUAUUGUUAAUAUUUAUAAGAGAA